AUGUCUAAACGUCCUUCCGAUUCCGAUUCGGAAGAUGAUGUCAAACCAAUUGAUUUUUACAUCCCCUCUAAGAAACCCCGUCUGAGUCCUUCCAAUCCAACACCCACUCCUACUUCUUCACUCCAAACGCCGAUAAAGGAUUCUAAACCGUAUGUGAUUCUCACUCCGACCAGUACGACGAAAAAACCUAUGGGUCGUGUUCCUCCUUCGUGGACAACAAAACCGAUCGUUUUCACACCAUCAUCACAAACUUCGAAAUUAACUAGUACCUACAAACACCCUUCUUCCGGGUUAACAGCAAAAAGUAUGAAUCAUACUUCUCCUUCGUUACAAUCAUUGAUGAAACAUAAUGUUCAUACUUCUCCAUCAUCUACAUUAUCAUCGAAGAAUGUUGUUCGUACUCCUUCAUCAUCCGCAUCUGCAAUGAGGCCCGUCAGUUACACUCCCUCGUCUAAAUCUUUGUUAAAACCUGUUGUUCGUACUUCCCUUUCUUCGAAUUUACCGAUGAAAUCAGUUCUUCACACUCCCCUUCCAUCUAAAUCAUCAACGAAACCAUCUAUUCAUACUCCCCUUCCAUCUAAAUUGUUGACAAAACCUGUCAUCCAUACUCCGCCUUUCUCUGCAUCAUCGACAAAACCUAUUAUUCAUACUUUCCCUUCAUACGGAUCAUCGACGAAACCUAUGAUUCACACUCCGCCCUCAUACGGAUCGACGAAACCUAUGCUUUACACUCCGCCUUCCUCUGGAUCAUCGACGAAACCUAUCAUCCGUACUCCCCCGUCCUCUGGAUCAUCGACAAAACCUAUCAUUCACACUCCGCCUUCCUCAGGAUCAUCGACAAAACCUAUCAUCCAUACUCCCCCUUCCUCAGGGUCAUCGACCAAGCUUGGAGACACCAAGAGUACACCUAGGAAAGAGACAGGAAUGGUAGGUUUGUUGGAAGGGAAAAGUCCAAAGGCGUUAUUCGCGGCGAUGAUCUUUGACAUUGGGAUUGCCAAUUUAUCAAAAGCUGAAGCUACACGAGUGACCGGAUUGAAUGUCGGUCAACAGAAACAAUUAUUAAGGAAAGAUAGAGGUGCUCUUCGUCGAGCUUUGAUGAGGUUCUUUUGGAAUCUUUAG